GAAGUCAAAAAUAUCAACAAAAAAACACAAAAGUAUUAAUUAAAGAGCGUUUCCAUCAAUUUAUCAACUAAUUUAAUAUUAUAAACUUGUUAAAAAUAGUAAAGUCUUCAAAAUGCCAAGUGAAAUGAUAACACUACAACUGGGCCAAUGCGGCAACCAAAUCGGCUUUGAGUUUUGGAAACGUUUAUGCUUGGAACACGGUAUUUCACCUUCUGGCGUGCUAGAAGAUUUUGCAACUGAUGGAUCUGAUCGGAAAGAUGUAUUCUUCUAUCAAGCUGAUGAUGAUCAUUACAUCCCAAGAGCUGUCUUAUUGGAUUUAGAACCUCGCGUCAUUAACACGAUUAUGACAUCACAAUAUGCUAAACUUUAUAAUCCAGAAAAUAUUUAUUUAUCGAAAGAUGGAGGAGGUGCUGGUAACAAUUGGGCUUCAGGUUUCGGUCAAGGGGAGAAGCUCCAAGAAGAAGUAUUUGAUAUAAUUGAUCGUGAAGCUGAUGGCAGUGAUAGUCUUGAAGGGUUUGUUUUGUGUCAUUCAAUUGCCGGUGGAACUGGUUCAGGCAUGGGAAGUUACAUCAUGGAACGUCUCUCUGAUCAUUUUCCUAAGAAACUUGUCCAAACAUACAGCGUGUUUCCAAAUCAAGAUGAGAUAAGUGAUGUUGUGGUACAACCCUAUAACUCACUUCUUACUCUCCGUCGGCUUACUAGUUGUGCUGACUGUGUUGUUGUUCUCGAUAACACGGCAUUAAAUCGAAUUGCCACAGACCGGCUGCACAUAGAAAAUCCAACAUUCACACAAAUUAAUUCACUCGUCUCAACAAUCAUGUCCGUUAGCACAACAACUCUUCGUUAUCCUUCUUACAUGAACAAUAAUCUCAUCGGCUUGAUAGCUCCAUUAAUUCCUACGCCAAAACUUCAUUUCUUAAUGACAGGAUACACGCCACUCACUACUGACUUGGACGUUGCUAAUGUUCGGAAGACAACUGUGUUGGAUGUAAUGCGUCGUCUCUUGCAACCCAAAAAUAUGAUGGUUUCAACUGGUCCUGAUAAAACCAAUCAUCAUUGCUACAUUUCCAUUUUAAAUAUCGUUCAAGGUGAAGUCGAUCCAACGCAAGUCCACAAAUCUUUGCAACGGAUACGAGAACGAAAACUUGCACAAUUUAUUCCUUGGGGUCCAGCAAGUAUUCAAGUUGCACUUUCACGAAGCUCACCUUACAUUCAAAGCAGUCAUCGUGUAUCUGGGUUGAUGCUUGCCAAUCACACAAGCAUUUGUUCGCUUUUUGAGAGAGCUUUGAAUCAAUAUGACAAAUUACGAAAACGUGGAGCUUUUCUGGAUCAAUUCAAGAAGGAAGAAAUGUUCAAAGAUGAUUUAUCUGAGCUCGAUGAUUCACGUGAAGUUGUUGAUUCAUUGGUUCAAGAGUAUGAAGCUGCAACACAAGCAAAUUAUCUCCAAUGGCAACCGAAAAGAAAUCUCGAUUAAAAAUCUCAUUCCCUUAAUUUCCCUAUUAAAUAUUCAAGAAUCACAUGAAAUAUGUUUAUAAGAAUUCUUCACUGCUUAUUAAUAAAAAAAUCUUUUACUUUGAAUUUAACACAAUUAGAAUUGCACAAAUUCAAAGUUAAAUCUGUAAGAAAUUGUUGAAAGUUUUCAAAUAAGAAAUAAAAAUUCAUUGAUAAGUUUUUUU